CGCCCGGGCAGAGUGUAGUCAGUCCGUGCCGAGGCGGCAACGACAUCUCGGCGGUGCGCUAUCGGCAGCCACCGCCGCUGUGCUGCUGGCUCGGCUGUAUUUUGUCGCUGCUGCUGUCAGGGAAAAGGAAAAGCGCGGCGUCUCCAAUUUGCAGCGGCAAUCGGGGCUCGUUUACUGUGCGCCUCUACGCUGAUCCGGAACGCGGGCCCCUUCUGGCUGAGAGCGGACGGCGUCGGAGCGCCCGGCAAUAUAGGCACGAGUCCGUUCCCCCUCACCCUCUUUCAAUUCACUGCGACACUUGAUUCUGGUCGCCAUCCGACCGGCCUCGCCGAGAACGCCGGAGAGAACAGGGCUGAGCGGCAAUGCUUGCUGCACGCGUCUCCAGUCUGGUCUGCGAAGCAGUUCUUCAAAUUUGAGCCGGUAGCGUGCUCCGAAGUGCAGCAGUGGUGGCCUUCGCAGAAGUCGGAAGCGCACAUCCGCCCGUCGGUCUGAUAAAGAUCGUGCCAGUGACCGUAGCAUCCGACGUUGUUGCACGAAAAGAGGAGACCGCGCCCUUCGCAUUGAGCUGUGCGAAGUUCUGGUGUCACUUUUGUGUACAGUGAAUACUUUACGGCACAGUGUGACAGCGGAUGCAAUAGGCUGUGACGAUUGACUGUGAAAUCUAAGGCCAGCCGCGUUCCCUGGUUGAACAGCGUUUUCGCCUCCAUUUACUUGGAUAACAAACCCACUGCAGAGCAGCGCAACCCUCAACUGUAUUUUUUCGAUCGUGCACCGGUUUUCUCUCUUGGCAUCAAUUUACAUUAUAGUCUGCAGCUCAGCGCUACGUAUUUGCGCCAACGGUCGCAUACGAAGUGAUUGAGAACGACAGUUCUUGCAGCAGUGCCUGAAUUGUGAUUUUCCUGCUCGAUCAUCGAAGUGCGUUACUGCAGGAAGCUCGCAACUUGGUGUGACUUGUGGUACGAUACCGAAUCCGGAUUCGCUAUAGCUCUCGACAUUACAGCUCUGGUGCGUGAUCGGAAUACAUAAGCUUUUCGAAGCCGUGUUAGAUUCGUCGACAAUGUCAACCAUGGUGCCGAAAGAGGUCAUCCAUCGCCUCUUUUCGAAGAAGCUUUCAAUGGAGAAAGGGUCGUCCCGCGUGGCAGAGAAAGCCGGCAUCCCGAUCCAAGGUUCUCCCGGGGUGUACAGGCGGCGCGAGUCGGCUGCCAUCGCCCUCUCGAAUAACCAUGUGCAGCGAGUUCGAGAUCAGGCCGCUAGGCGGGGAAGCAUCGUUCCCGAUCUUCUCGCUGUCAAAAUGGCGGAGGCGGGCUGUACGUCGAGUUCGUGGCCCAACCUGAAAGAGGAUUACGAGCUCGGCGAAGUGAUCGGUGUCGGUGCCACUGCCACAGUUCACACAGCGUACUGCAAGCCCAGGAAAGAGAGAUGUGCCAUCAAGCGCAUCAACCUGGAAAAGUGGAACACAAGCAUGGAAGAGCUCCUGAAAGAGAUCCAAGCAAUGAGUGCCUGCCACCAUGAAAAUGUGGUCACCUACUACACCUCUUUUGUGGUGAAGGAAGAGCUCUGGCUCGUCAUCAGGCUUCUGGCUGGCGGCUCCUUGCUGGACAUCAUCAAACACAAGAUGAAAACGGAAGACUGUAAACACGGAGUCUUCGACGAAGCCACCAUCGCGACGGUUCUCAAGGAGGUGCUUAAAGGUCUCGAAUACUUCCACAAUAAUGGCCAAAUCCACAGAGACAUCAAAGCGGGAAACAUUCUGCUCGGUGAGGAUGGCGCUGUUCAGAUUGCAGACUUUGGAGUGAGCUCGUGGCUUGCGACUGGCGGGGACCUGUCGAGGCAAAAGUCCAGGCACACGUUUGUUGGCACGCCCUGCUGGAUGGCACCUGAAGUCAUGGAGCAGGUUACAGGGUACGAUUUUAAGGCUGACAUUUGGAGCUUUGGGAUCACAGCCAUCGAGCUGGUGACGGGCACGGCACCUUAUCACAAGUAUCCUCCCAUGAAGGUGCUAAUGCUGACGCUUCAGAAUGACCCUCCCACGUUGGAAAUGGUCGGCGAAGACAAGGACCAGUACAAAAACUACGGCAAGUCAAUCCGCAAGAUGAUUAGCGAGUGCCUGCAGAAAGACCCCACCAAGAGGCCUACUGCUACAGAGUUGCUGAAGCACCAGUUCUUCAAGAAGGCAAAGGACAAGAAGUACCUGAUGCAGACAUUAUUGACUUGUGCUCCUACAAUAGAGGCUCGAGCGCAGAAGCUUAAGAACAGUAAACGAGUUCCUGGCACAAGCGGCCGGCUGCACCGGACAGAUACGGGCGACUGGGUCUGGUCAGAUGGAGAAGAUGACGAAGACUCUCCGGACGAGAGGGACCUGGCAGCGCGAGACGAGGCCAUUCUGAAGGCGAACCAGUCGACGAGUUCCUCGGACAGUGCCAUUGACAAUGCCUUGCCUGUCGACCACGAGACGACCACAUCCGGUACCUCCUCUGGAUCAACGUCUGGAGCACCUGCACCAAGCAAUCUCAUUCCCACACAACCGCCACCAACAGUGCCUGAGUCCAAUGCACACAGUGAGGCACCUCAGCAGCAACCUCCUCCGCAGCUUUCUGCGGCCGUAAUCUCAACUCCUGGGACCAUCAACCUUGUCCUCAGGAUAAGAAAUCAAAGGAAAGAACUUAACGAUAUCCGAUUUGAAUUCACCCGCGACAAAGAUACUCCUGACGGCAUUGCUUCCGAGCUUGUUGGUGCAGGCUUGGUCGACGGGAAGGACGUCGUCGUCGUGGCUGCCAACCUGCAGAAGCUGAUUGACAACCAGAUCAUGAGGACAACCACAUUUGCCUUGAAACAGACACCCGAGGAGGCUGCUGUGGACACCCCAGAUGACAAGGCGCUCAUCGGUUUUGCUCAACUUUCAAUCGUAGACUAACCAGAGCAAGCGUUGAAAGUUGGCAGAAACCCCGCGCCCCGCUCCCGCCGCCGAGAAGAAGAAAAAAAAAAAGCCAGCAGGUCCACGUACUACACGCCGCCUUAAAAAAGAAGAAACGAUUUGGUCUUGGUCAGCGAGUGAGCGCUCAUUUGCUGCACGCAAGUGACGCGGGGGGAGGAGUGGCAGCAGCAGAGAAGAGAAACGAGAGGCAGUGAAGCGCGACCCCAUUGCUGCUUCCUUCUCUCGUAUUUUUGUAAAGUGUAAAUUUUUUGGUCAUUGAAUGCAAAGAAGAGGAGGCAGGUUUUGUACAAGCGAGCGAGCCAGCUAUGACGCAAGGAGUAGCCAUUGAUGACGUAGUGAGGGCAUGAUGUGGGGCUGCGAACCGUGCACAUACGCACGGGGAUUAACGAGCACACCACCGCUUCUUCGCAACCUGCACCGUUUCUUUGUUUUUAAGGAACCUCACUACCCUCCCAGCUCAUUCUUUUUUUUUUUUUUUUUUCGUGUUGUGGCCGCAUACGUAGGCCAUGCCAUCCAUGCAAGUCUCUUCUCUGCCUUUCUCAUUCUCUAGUGCCUCUAGCCAGUCUUUGCUCCCACACUUUGGGCCGGCUGAGGUGCGUUUGAUUAUGCAAGUGUGUACAAUAGUCUCGGGCAAGGGUGCCGCCUUCCCUCUCUCCCUCUAAGGGCAGUGUGGGAGUGCGGCAGGGGUCGGUUUAAUUUAUUCAGAGGCAGUCUUAGACGACAAUAAAGGCAGAUUUCAAAGAAAUCUUUGUAAAUCGUC